CCAGAAAGGUCAGUUAUCAUCGAUGACUAAUUCCUAUUUCAUUCCACAUAUAAAAUCCCAGUGAUAACACUUAUCUUCAUCAGUCAAAGAAGAUCAGUUCGUUGAACAUAUCAACAUGAAAUUGAUUGUAUUACUUGGUUUGCUUGGAUUCGCAUUUUGCGAACCACCAAGAUAUAAAACCACAGUUGAAGUGCAGAAAUCAGUGGAGAUACCGUUCACUGGUACGUGGGGAGAAUCCGCACCUCCUCAGCAGUCGUAUGGACCUCCACAAUCAUCAUAUGGACCUCCACAAUCAUCAUAUGGACCUCCACAACCAUCUUAUGGUCCUCCACCUCCAGCUCCAUCAUAUGGACCUCCAGCCCCAGCUCCUUCUUAUGGACCUCCACCAUCAGAAGAAGCAACGACUACUUCUGAACCUCCCACCACAACUAGUGAGGUAGAAACAACGACUGAUAAUGAGGUUGAAGGGGUUGAUGAUAUAAAACCAAUAAAACAAACAGGGCAGUAUUACGUCUACCACCCCUUCGGUCUACUGCAGAAAGUGGUUUACCAAACUCAAAACGAUGAGAAAAAAAUGGAAUUUUCGGCCCGUUUGAAGUACCAAGAUGUAGAACCUUUAGCAAGUCCAAUUUAUACUUACGAUUUGAAUACUGGGGAAUAUAUCAGGUUAGCCAGGAGUGUUUGAUGACAAUUGUAUUUUAACUGUUGAAUUUGAUGUUAUAAUUUGAUUGUGUUAUCGAUUGAAUAUAUUUAUUAAUUAUUAAGUACGAAAUAUUUCAUUGAAUAAAUCAAGACGUUUGUGAAUGUAA